UCUCUCUCUCUCUCUCUCUCGUUUUCUCCCGAAAUUAGUAGGAGAAGAAGCGCAGGGGUGGAAUUGGAAGCGAAUAUUUGCUGAAAUGCCAUACUCUUUUUCUGGAUUCUGUUAACCUUUUUGUAAAAAUAUGUGGAAUUUCUGCUUCUGAGACGACAUAGUGGAGGUGGGCUUCGUACUGGAGGAGAUGGAUGCGGAUUCUCCUUCUGGAAGGCAACUUGAGAAGGAUGUGUCGUCAAUCUCUGCUCAGGACUCGAGCAGUGGAAUGAGUAUGCUCGAACCUGAUCAAAUGGUGGAUAUUAAUUUACAUGAUGUCGAGGAAAUCAAAGGUGAGAAUCUGAACUUAAUAGGCGUAGAGGAUAACAAGGGGAAGAUACAGAAUGUUGAAGAGGAUGGAGUUCCUACAGUGGGAAUGGUCUUCAAAACCUUCGAAGAAGUGUAUGAUUUCUAUAACCAAUAUGCUCGGCGUGUCGGCUUCGGUACAAAGAUAAGGAGGUCAUGGUACAGUCUCGAUGACGGGCAAUGCAACAAGUUCAUGCUUACUUGUUGCAAGGAGGGCAAGAGAGAGUACAAGAACUCGGAACGCUGCAGCUCAUACAGAUUGAGGCUGGCUGCUCGAACUGAUUGUCAAGCAAGGAUUAAAGUUUUUAAGAAAUAUUCCGAUGGUUUGUUUCACUUAACAGAAGUUAAUCUCGAACAUAAUCAUCCUGUUAAUCCAUCAAUGUCUAGAUUCUUUCGUUCUCACAAGGACUUAAAUGAUGGUGCGAAGAAGCUGCCUGUUAUGCGAGGGAAAGGGCAUAGGGAUACACCAUUGGGGGAGAAGGAAGAAGAGCGUUCCUCAGCAAAAACUCGGUCUUUUUUCCUUGGGAAGGAUGAUCUCGAAGCUCUUCAUCAAUUUCUUGCUCGAAUGCAGACCAGCGGCACGAACUUCUUCCAUUUGAUGGAUUUAGAUGAGGGCGGCUAUCUAAAGAACGUAUUUUGGGCUGAAGGGAGGUGUAAGGCAGCGUAUCAGUACUUUGGUGAUGUUGUGACCUUUGACACUACCUAUCUUACAGGUAAUUAUGAGACACCUUUGGUUUCAUUUGUUGGGGUAAACCAUCAUGGUCAUUUAGUGUUGUUCGGUUGUGGUUUGAUUUCGGAUCGAAGUGUUGAAUCCUAUAGGUGGCUGUUUAAAUCAUGGUUAUCAUGCAUGUCUGGAAGCUAUGCGAGCGCCAUAAUAACUGAUAAUUUCAAGGCCAUACAGGAAGCAGUUGCUGAGAUCUUUCCGGGCUCCCGUCAUCGUCUUUGUUUAUUGAGUAUAAUGAAGCAAAUUCAGGAGAAUUUGGGAGCAUACCCUGAAUACAAAUCCAUCAAGGGAAUGAUGAAAAAAGUUGUUUGUGACUCAUUAAGGGUUGGAGAUUUUGAAGAAGAGUGGAAGAUUAUGAUUGAGAAGUAUGCCCUCGAAGAUAAUGAUUGGCUGAGGUCUUUGUAUGAAAUUAGACAUUCGUGGGUGCCUGUUUUUGUAAAAGAAACUUUUUGGGCGGGAAUGUCAAGCACUCAACAUAAGGAAAAUAAGAAUUCAUAUUUUGAUGGAUAUAUUUAUCCGAAGACAUCAUUAAAGCAGUUCCUUUGCAAGUAUGAGUCAACUUUAAAAUGUAAAUUUGAAAAAGAAGCUCAGGCAGAUCGUGAUUCUUUCCAUAAAAGCCCACAACUAAUAUCAAAAUUUUAUAUGGAGGAUCAAUUACGUAAGCUUUACACGGUUGAUAUGUUCAAAAAGUUCCAAGAAGAGGUUAAGGCCAUAUUAUACUGUAUUCCUUCACUGGUUAGGGUGGAUGGCCCAGUGUCAAUCUUUGAGGUUAAAGAACCUUUGAGAAUGAAGGAUGGAAAUCAGAUGGAGAACAAGAACUAUGAAGUUACGUACUCCUCAAACGAGCUAGAGGUGAGAUGCAUCUGCUGCUCAUUCCAGAUGAUCGGCAUAUUAUGUAGGCAUACAUUAUCAGUUCUUAACUUUCUCGAGAUCUAUGAAAUCCCACCUCAUUUUAUUGUUGAGCGGUGGCGAAAGGACUAUAAGAACAUUCAUGUUCUGCCCUGCUUUUCAAAUGAUCUUGGAGCUAAAGGGCCUGCAGAACGUUAUGGUAAUUUGUACAAGCAUUGCUUAAAAUUUAUGGAGUUAGGGGCUAGUUCUGAUGGACUCUAUGAAUAUGCUCUUAAAAUAAUAAGCGAGGCCACAAAUGAACUUUUUGCUAGCGAUCCAAUUUCCAGUGACGUACAACUGAGAGCAUGCAAUCCUUUCAAUGAUAAACGAAUUAUUGGGAAUGAGAAUGAUGAGAUCUAUGAUCUUUCAGAAUUGAGCCAGAGAAGUCAGCCAUUGAAAAAGAGAAAAGAGUUGGCAGAAAAAACAAUUAAAAACAGCAAGAAGAAGGUUCCGCCAAGAAAGCCAGUGGUUGCUUGUCAGAAUGAUUUGGUUCGUAUGGCUCCAGAUACCCCUCAAUUUGAUCCACAUAUCUGGACACAUGACAGUAUCACCCUAACGGACCAAGUUAGCCCACCUAACUUGUCAAUUGGGAAUCAUUUUGGAGUACAGAUGAGUCAACAACAUGUGCUUGACAGUCAAGCAAGCAUACGUUGGAGUUUUCAGCAUAUGUUCCAACAACCUCACACGCCAGAUGGACCUCCUGGCCCCUGGUCCGGUUAGGAGCCAGCAUCAAAUUGUGAGAACUGGACCAGUUGAUAUUUUAAGGAGGUACAUCAGAGAUCGGAUUGUCCACUAGUCAUCAGCGGAAAAUAGUGACGGAUUCUUGAGAAAAAUACACGAGGCUGCCAACAAAAGCUUGGAUUGUCCACUAGCUUUAUUUGUAAGCCUCAUAGUACCUAUCUUUAAAGAAUACAACCCGAGUUAAUUGGAGCCGCCACUUGACCACCUCACCGCCUCCCACAAGGCUGCUACCAUCUCCACCAUAGCAUCAUCGCUGCCUUUAUCACUCCCAGCCAAAUGGCAACCGUCGCCCCCGCCACCACCUCUUUAGCCAAUCACCGUGCAAUGCUGCUUGCCAUUAUUCAAUGCUUUUCAAAUGUAUUAUGGCAAACACACAAAUUUUUCAAUAUAUCUGAUUUGUAUUCAAGUGAACACCUAUGGAUUUUUAAAUACAAAUUUUACAAUUAUUUUAUAUUUCUUAAGUG